UCACGACGUCAGCGGGGAAAGGCCCCGAAAACCUUCCGACUUCCCCCCUUGCGGCUGGGUGAAAGGCACCGCGAUGUUCGGUGCGGGAGACGAAGACGACACCGACUUCCUCUCGCCUAGCGGCGGUGCCAGAUUGGCCUCUCUUUUUGGCCUGGAUCAGGCAUCUGCUGGCCACGGAAAUGAAUUCUUCCAGUACACAGCCCCAAAGCAGCCUAAGAAAGGCCAGGGAACAGCAGCAACAGGAAAUCCGGCAACACCAAAACCAGCACCCGGUACAACAGGCACUUCCACCCUAUUGGUUGCAACAGCAGUCCAUGCGUAUCGAUACACAAAUGGUCAGUAUGUAAAGCAGGGCAAGUUUGGUGCUGCAGUCCUGGGGAACCACGCAGCCAGAGAGUAUAGGAUUCUUCUUUAUAUCAGUCAACAACAGCCAGUUACUGUUGCCAGGAUUCAUCUGAACUUUGAGCUCAUGGUUCGGCCCAAUAACUAUAGCACCUUUUAUGAUGACCAGAGACAAAACUGGUCCAUCAUGUUUGAGUCGGAAAAGGCUGCUGUGGAGUUCAAUAAACAGGUGUGCAUUGCCAAGUGCAAUAGCACCCCCUCCCUAGAUGCAGUGCUCUGCCAGGACCUCGUUGUAGUGGAGGGCCCUGCUGUAGAAGUUGGAGAUUCUUUGGAAGUGGCCUAUACCAGCUGGCUCUUGCAGAAUCAUGUGCUGGGCCAGGUUUUGGAUUCUACUGCUAACAAAGAUAAGCUGCUUCGCCUGAAAUUAGGAUCAGGAAAAGUCAUCAAGGCCUGGGAGGAUGGGAUGCUGGGCAUGAAAAAAGGAGGGAAGCGGUUGCUUGUCAUCCCUCCAGCCUGUGCUGCCGGCUCUGAAGGGGUAACCGGAUGGACUCAGUCGCCAGACUCAAUCCUGGUGUACGAGGUGGAGAUGAGGCGGGUCAAGUUUGCCAGAGAUUCUGGCUCUGAUGGGCACAGCGUUAGCUCCCGCGAUUCUGCCGCCCCUUCUCCCAUACCAGGUGCGGACAGCCUCUCUGCUGACCCUGUUGUAUCACCACCUACGUCGGUGCCUUUCAAAUCAGGGAAUCCUGAUACAGUCAAAGCCAAGUUGAUCUCUCGGAUGGCUAAAAUGGGCCAGCCCAUGCUGCCCAUCCUUCCACCACAGCUGGAUUCCAAUGAUUCAGAAAUUGAGGAAGUGAACACUGUGCGAGGAGCUGGACAGCCGGUGGCAACUCCAUCCAUGCAGCCCUCUCUCCAGCCAGCACAUCCCGUGCUACCACAGAUGACCUCACAAGCACCUCAGCCAUCUGUUUCUGGACUCCAGGCACCCUCUGCUGCCUUAAUGCAAGUUGCAUCUCUCGAUUCCCACUCAGCUGUGUCUGGAAAUGCCCAGUCCUUUCAGCCCUAUGCAGGUAUGCAAGCCUACGCUUAUCCCCACGCGUCAGCCGUCACCUCCCAGCUGCAGCCCGCGCGGCCCCUGUACCCCACACCGCUCUCUCAGUCUCCCCAUUUUCAAGGAUCCAGUGACAUGGCUUCGUUUCUCAUGACUGAAGCCCGGCAACAUAACACUGAAAUUCGAAUGGCAGUCAGCAAAGUGGCUGAUAAAAUGGAUCAUCUCAUGACCAAGGUUGAAGAGUUACAGAAGCACAGUGCUGGCAAUUCCCUGCUGCUUCCCAGCAUGUCGGUUACAAUGGAAACCAGCAUGAUUAUGGGCAACAUCCAACGAAUUAUUCAGGAAAAUGAAAGAUUGAAACAAGAGAUCCUCGAAAAGAGUAGUCGCAUAGAAGAACAGAAUGACAAGAUUAGUGAACUAAUUGAACGAAAUCAGAGGUAUGUUGAGCAGAGUAACCUGAUGAUGGAGAAGAGGAACAACUCGCUUCAGACAGCCACAGAAAACACACAGGCAAGAGUAUUGCAUGCUGAACAAGAGAAGAAGAAGGAAGCGGAGCUGCAGAUGCAGCUGACAGAAAGCUUGAAGGAGACAGACCUCCUCAAGGGCCAGCUCGUCAAACUGCAGGCAGAGCUCUCAGAGCUCCAGGAAACCUCUGAGCAAGCACAGUCCAAAUUCAAAAGUGAAAAGCAAAGCCGGAGACAACUGGAGCUCAAGGUAACCUCCCUGGAGGAGGAGCUGGCAGAUCUUCGAGCUGAGAAGGAAUCUCUGGAAAAGAACCUCUCUGAAAGGAAAAAGAAGUCUGCUCAAGAGCGCUGUCGGGCCGAGGAGGAGAUCGAUGAAAUCCGUAAGUCCUACCAGGAGGAACUGGACAAACUUCGGCAGCUCUUGAAAAAGGCUCGGGUGUCCACAGACCAAGCAGCUGCAGAGCAGCUGUCACUCGUACAGGCUGAGCUGCAGACCCAGUGGGAAGCAAAAUGUGAACACCUGUUGGCCUCUGCCAAGGAUGAACACCUGCUGCAGUACCAGGAAGUGUGUGCGCAGAGAGACGCCAGCCAGCAGGAGCUGCUCCGCCUUCAGGAAAAGUGUCUAGCCCUCCAGGCCCAGGUCACAGCCCUGACAGAGCAAAAUGAACAGCACACCAAAGACCUGGAGAACAAGUCCCACAUGUCUGGGGUUGCAGCUGCUGCCACUGACCCCUCAGAGAAGGUCAAGAAGAUCAUGAACCAGGUGUUCCAGUCCUUGCGGGGAGAGUUCGAGCUGGAGGAAUCUUACAAUGGCAGGGCCGUUCUGGGGACCAUCAUGAACACCAUCAAGAUGGUGACUCUUCAGCUGUUAAACCAACACGAGCAAGACAAGGGACAGAGCAGCAGUGAAGAAGAGGAGGAGGAGAAAGAAGAGCGGCCUCGGCAACCUUCAGUCUCAGGCAGUGCUGGACCGCCUCCAGCGCCCCUGAGCGGGGAGAUGCAGGGGUCCCCCUCACUGUCACCGGAGCAGGCAGUCCAGGAGGCUGUCCCCCCACCUCCUCGGGUCCUCUCCACUCCCCAGGAAGAGGUACAGGGAAGGGAAGGGGAGCCCUCAGAAGCAGAGGCGCUCUCAGAGAUAGAAGAGGGGUCCCUCUCACCUGAACUGACUUGUGGCCCCUCCCAGAGAGCUCUGGGGCCUCCGACUUCCGUUCCCCCUAUGCCUCCGGGCCCUGUACUUGUGGACUCUGAGUGCGAGGAGACACUUGCCAGCGCAUUGGAAAAUCCCUGUGUUGAGGAGCCAGAAAGCACUGCGAGACUGUCCCUGACUUCACACCUCUUGAAGGGGGACCCACUAGCCUCGGGGUCCGAAAGUCCAGGAGAAGAGCCUCAGCCUCCAGAGCUCAAGAAAGACGAGGAUGUCACUAGCUCCGCUGUUCCCUAUAGGGAGCCAGGGGGCACAGAGGCGGGUUCUCCAGCUGUUGGAGCAGCAGGCAGACCCAACCACUGUUCUCAGCACACCAGUCUCUCUGGGGAUGAAGAAGAUGAACUGUUUAAAGGGGCAACUCUGAAAGUUUCAAGGCCCAAAGCACAGCCUGACGAGGAGGAUGAAGAUGAGGUGAGCUUGAAGGGACACCCGCCCCCGACACCCCUUUUUGGAGAUGAUGACGAUGAUGAUGACAUUGACUGGCUGGGAUGA